AUGUCUUUAGAGGACCCGGUAUCCCCUGAGACAAAGCCUGGAUACCAUAUUCGGCAGGCUAUCCAGCAAGACCUGGUCUUCCUUUUGCCACUACUGCAAAAGAACCCGAAAUGCUACUGGAUUUGGAAUCAUCGACUAUGGCUUUUACAACAAGCGACUGAGCGCCUCGAGCCUAGUGUUUCCCGAAAGUUCUGGGAAACCGAACUUGGUUUGGUUGGCAAGAUGCUCAAUAGAGAUGGACGGAAUUUCCACGGCUGGGGUUAUCGGCGUGCCGUGGUUGAGGCCCUGGAGAGUAUAUCUUGUGAGCCAUCGGAUACCUCGGCUGAUAAUCCGUCCCAGAGUAUGACGCAGGAAGAGUUGGAUUAUACCACUAAGAUGAUCGGAACCAACCUAUCAAACUUCUCGGCCUGGCAUAACCGUUCCAAACUGAUUCUAAAAGUUUUACACGAAAGUGCGGCCGAUGAUAAAAAGAGGAAAAAGAUGCUCGAUAGCGAGUUAAGCCUCAUUCAUCGCGCACUGAUCGACCCGUACGAUCAGUCUAUUUGGUUCUACCAUCAGUAUUUAAUGUGCACCUGCGACACCGAUCUCGCCCCCCAGACCAUGGCCACGAAUCUAACGGAUGGUGAACGACUUGAGUAUCUCGAGCAAGAGAUAGAAGCCAUCGAAGAUAUACUAGAGGAUACUAAUGACUGUAAAUGGAUAUACCAAGCACUGAUUACCUAUACUUUGCUCAUCGCGAAAAUAAACAAAGAACUGGAAGCUGUACAAGAGGAACGGAUCUCUGGGUGGCUGACCGCGUUGAAACGGUUAGAUCCAUUGAGAAAAGGUCGAUGGAAUGAUUUGAAAGAAUCGUUGGCCAAGCCAGGGAUCAGAGGCAGUUUAGGGCCGGAUUUCCAGCCUUACCCGGGCCCGAAGAAUCGCGUCCUCUCAUUGGAUACCACCUCGGUCCUUCCCGGACGGCGCGGGCCCGAAGGAAAAUACGCGACGCCGAUUGGCUGUAUCAAUCUAUACAUUUGGCUGUCAAAAGAGUAUAUAGGUCAGGAGUCCAAGCAUGAGCUACGAUGUCAAGGAGAAGUCAAGCAUACGGGAAGAAAACUCCAAUAUCUCAUUCAAUUGGAACUGUCCUCAAAUAUGAGCGAAAAAACCCAUAUCCCCUCCGAUUCGGAGAGCGCUACCCUACCCAAAGAACACCCUGAGGAUGACCAAACGCACGCCAGAGAUAUCGACGUCGACCUCGAAGCAGCCAAACAAUCAACCGAGCCCUCAAUCAACGCAGAAGUAUCAAAAGACCCGAACCUCGUUACCUGGAAUGGGCCAGAUGAUCCAGAAAACCCGAAAAAUUGGCCCAAGGGUGAGAAAUGGAAAAACACCUGGGCCGUCUCGCUAUUCGUCUUCAUCUCUCCCGUUUCGUCUGCCAUGAUAGCACCAGCACUGGAGGAACUCGGUGAGAGCUUAGGGAUGCACGUCAAGAUUGAGGUAUAUCUAUCUCUCGCCAUCUUCAUUCUCGCCUACGCCGUCGGUCCCAUUUUCUUUGGCCCAGCCUCCGAACUAUACGGCCGUGUACGUCUACUUCAAUUCAGCAAUGUGUGGUAUCUGGCCUGGAACUUGGGAUGUGGUUUCGCUAAGAGUAAGGCCGAGUUCUUCGCUUUUCGAUUUCUCGCUGGUAUUGGCGGCAGUGCGCCCCUGGCCAUCGGAGGAGGUGCCAUAAGUGACAUGUGGAGUGCCGAAGAGCGUGGAAAGGCCAUGGGUAUAUACACCCUUGGCCCAAUACUUGGCCCUGUCGUUGGACCCAUCGCUGGAGGCUUCAUUGCACAGUAUUCGACAUGGCGCUGGGUGUUCUGGUCGACGUCUGCUGCGGCCGUGGUAAUCCAAGUAGUUGGCUUUAUAUGGUUGCGCGAGUGUCACCCAGCUACGCUCUUGAGAAAGAGACGGGACCGACUCGCGAAGGAGACGGGCAACGAGAACCUGCAUACCGCGGAGAAGGUAGAGAGUCUCGCCUAUAAACUUGGACAUGCCCUACAACGACCAGUGCGCAUGUUCACAACUCAGCCCAUCGUCUUUUGUAUGGCCAUAUACAUGGGGUAUCUCUUCGGAACCACAUAUCUCAUGUUCGCAACAUUUCCUGAGAUCUGGACCAAGGUGUACGGGGAGAGUGAGAGUAUUGGUGGGCUCAACUAUCUGUCCAUUGCCAUCGGUUCCUUCGUUGGUCUUUUCCUCAACCUCAAGCUAGUCGACCGCAUCUACAAGACCCUCAAAGCGAAGAAUAAUGGCGUCGGCAAGCCUGAGUUUCGCAUGCCCUCCUUGGCUGUUGGCUCUGUCAUUAGUACCAUCGGCCUCUUUUGGUACGGCUGGAGUAUACGCAGCAGCGUGCAUUGGAUCAUGCCCAACAUUGGAGCCCUGAUAUUCACUGCUGGAACAAUAUCCUGUCUUCAGGGUAUGCAGACCUAUAUUGUUGACAGUUACCAGACAUACGCUGCUAGUGCUAUGGCUGCUUGUGCCAUUCUUCGCAGCUUGGCUGGCUUUGGCUUCCCACUGUUCGCCCCCUACAUGUAUGAGAGUCUAGGAUACGGAUGGGGUACGAGCGUCCUGGCAUUCAUCAGCAUCGGUGUUGGCUGGGUAAGCCCUUUGGCCUUUUGGCACUAUGGACCUAAGCUCCGUGCCAUGUCCAAGUAUGCCUCUGACUGA